AUGUCCACCUGUGACGUUCUCGCCACCAUCUGCUCCGGCGAAGACUGCCUGGUUCCUCCCAGCAACUUUAACGCCAUUCUGAGCCUGGUGAUGAGCAUCGUGCUCACCGUGAUGCUCUCCAUGGUCAUGUUCGCCAUGGGCUGCACCGUCGACGCCAAGAAACUGUGGGGCCACAUCAGGAGACCCUGGGGCAUCUUCAUCGGCUUCCUCUGUCAGUUCGGUAUCAUGCCGUUCACCGCCUUCGCCUUGUCGUUGGCGUUCGGUGUGCUGCCCGUCCAGGCCAUCGCCAUCAUCAUUAUGGGCUGCUGUCCUGGAGGAACCGGCUCCAACAUCAUCUGCUACUGGCUGGACGGAGACAUGGACCUCAGGUAAAACGUCAUACAUCUAUUUCUUUUCACGGGUGCACAGAGGUGUGACCAUGUCAGAGUGGAGUAGGACACUAAAGAAGCUCUAAAUGAUGAACUUUAUCGACUUUAUGGAUCAAUAAAUAAAUCCUGAUUCGUGUGAAUUUGCAGGAUGGUUCACUCUAAGGUGUUUAGAUCAAUGGUAGACUGUUCAGAGUCUAUGAUUCUGCAGUUUUCUCUAGUAUUACUGACCCGACGUUCACUCUCUGCAGCAGGUAGAGGUGUUGUUGUAUUGAUGACCACGUCUGCUGAUUUAGGAAAUAAUGAUCAAAAAGGUCGAUAACUAAAGGUGAAGAAACUUUCUGCACAUUUUCAAACUUAGUCAGAAUCAAAAGUGGAGAAAACCAAAACAGAGGAUGUUGUUCGCUUCUCUAUUAACCCUCCUCCUCUGUCAGGGUCACUGUUGACCCGGUCAGAUCAAUGUCUAAUAAUCAGAGCAAAAACUGAAAUCAUAAAUGGACUGACAGGCACCACAGUGACGGUCAGAUCCUCUUCCAAUCAUUUGAGAUUUAGGAAAUUCUCAUUUUGCCGUGUUUCGUCCAGACAUGUGAGAUCAGUUCAGUAUAGAUGUCUCUGUGAGGGGUACACUGACAAAGAAAGGCCCAGAGGACCACAACAAAAAACUAUUAUAAUCAAUAUUUUCAUGGAUAAUGAAGCCGAACAAGGUAACAGAGAGAUGAGAAUCAAACUGGAUGAUAGAGAAUUGUUUUUAGUGUAAUCUACAGCUGAUUUAAGAAAACGACCCUUAACAUGGUGGGUAUGUAGUCAAAGCUGACAGAGGAGGAAGGUUAAAGCGAGGUUCAAGAUCUGUCCUGCGUCUGUUAUAAAGUGAUGAGACUGAUGACGAUCUAAGAAUCGAAGAGUUGAGCGACUCCAAACUAAAACUGAUCCAUUUCCAUAUUUCCCCUCCUCAGUAUCAGUAUGACGGCUUGUUCCUCCAUCUUGGCCUUGGGGAUGAUGCCGCUCUGUCUGCUCAUUUACACCUCCACCUGGACCUCCGCCGGCACCAUCCAGAUCCCGUAUGACAGCAUCGGUGCGUCAACUUAACGGUUCUGCACUAAUCCGGCGUGCUCAAAUCUACGUUCAUGUACUUCCACACCUGCUGAUUUCAUGAAGGACUUGGUAUAAGGUGUUUUUUUUUAUCUGUGCACCUUCAGGUAUCACUCUGGUCUCCCUUCUGGUCCCGAUCGCUCUGGGGAUGUACGUCAAACGCAGGUGGCCCAAAGCAGCCAAAAAGAUCCUCAAGGUGAGAAAACCCUCUUCUUUUAUCCGUGUGAAUGUUCGACUCGAACCCUGAACUCCUCUCAGUCUCUGUUUGAUGAACAGGACAGACAUAUUUAAGAUAGAUCUCUCCGUGUUUGCCGUCCACAGGUCGGGUCCAUCGCUGGCUUUCUGCUCAUCAUCGUCAUCGCUGUGAUUGGAGGAAUCCUGUACCAGUCCUCCUGGACCAUCGCACCCUCCCUCUGGAUCAUUGGAACCAUCUAUCCCUUCAUCGGCUUCGGGUUGGGGUUCUUUAUGGCCCGGUUUGCAGGCCAGCCCUGGUUCAGGUGGGUCAGAGUGACUCUGGACUUUUGGUGAAGUGACGGUGGCCUCAAGUACAAAAAUGUGAAAUUUCUGCAAUCAGGAACAUCAAACAAUCCAAAUUCAUCUGUGUGCAGCCUCACACUGAAUAUAAAACAGGCACAUGUUACUAGUUUGUCCCUCCUGUGCUCCUGUAGAAACAUGUCAGCCACUGUGGAAGAGGUUUCGCUCCAGUUCAAGUUAAAAAAAACUCAAAAAGUUUGUUUUAUGUCGGUGAUUUUACACAAAUUAAACAUACCCAUGAAUUUUACAUUCCAGUCGGAUUCCAGUUCGGAUAAAUGCCACUAAAAAGUACGAAUUGUACCUUUAAAAUGAGUAUUUUUUUAUCUCAAUCAAAAAAUGUUUUGUCCAUUUUUCUUCAUAAACAUCAACAAACUCAAACAGUUUCAUGAAGUCGAUCUCUGUGCAGGAUGAGUUUUAUCUCUCCUUAUAUUUCUACGUCAUAUUGAUGUUUUAUUUUGAAAUUCUUGCUGGAUUUUCCACAUUUAAAGUUGCUCAGUUGGUCUUUAAGCUGUUGGAUUUCGGAGUGUUGUUCUGAUCUUCAUAUUUUAAAGUGUACAGUUCUGACCAUGUUGGAGCAGCUGCAGCAUCGCCUGUGAAACUUGCAGAAACACUUCCAUAGUUUGAUUUUGUUUCAUAAAUAUAUCCUUUUGCAUUUCUUUGUUUCCUCAGAUGUCGAACCAUCGCGUUGGAGACGGGUUUCCAGAACUCCCAGCUGUGCAGCACCAUCAUCCAGCUGUCCUUCAGCCCCGCUGAGCUGGAGGUCAUGUUUGCGUUCCCCCUCAUCUACAGCAUCUUCCAGCUGGUGGUCGCACUCCUGUCGGUGGGAGGUGAGAGAAAUCUGUCAACUUAUGGAUAAAAGACCAGCCUUCCUUUUCUUCAGCCUCUUUUUUGAGUCGUUGGGGGAAAUUUCAGUCUGAUUGAUAAACUUAGAUUAAUGAGAUGCCUCCAAAGUUGACUAGUUUGAGUGAAUUGUGAAAAAUGAGCAAAAUUAAUUUAAAAAAAAAACAGAUUUAAUAACAGUAGAAACAUGUAUACUGUCAGGAUGUUGUCAGCUUGUUCAAGUUUUGCAGCGUUCAUGAGUGAGAGACGGGUUUUUCUGGGAUGAAACUGUUUUUAAGUCUGUUUUUUUUCCUCCUCAGGUUUCAGGGCAUAUAAGAGAGUCUUCGGUAAAGGUUCAUCUGAUGAGGACAGUGAGGCUCCAUCCCUGGAAGCUGGUGAUGAUGAACCAGAGAAGAAGAAGGACGGCGCCAUAGACAAUAGCGGCUUCGAGAUGAAUGAGAACGGCGGCAGCGAAGAGAAGGUAAAGAGCAACACCAAGCUGUGA